UUUGGAGCUGUGAGGCUAACUAAUUCACAUUAAAUUAUCAGUAAUUCUUUUUAUAAGAAGAAAACUUGAACCCAAGUCAACUAGGUGUGAGUGAGGACAUUUCAUUGGAAUUAACAAUUAUAUUUGUGUAUACAAGUGUUGAAAAUGGUUGAAUUUAAACAGAAAUUGGUAUAUUUUGAUACAUAUUAAAUCAUUAAUAAAAAUGUUACAGUAAGAAUGGAAACACACGGUCUUGAAAUGUACCUUUUAAGUAAUAUAAGAAGCAUUGUAGGGAAAUACUUAAUUAAAUAUUGUCUGAUGUGUAUUGCAACUUUUACAAACUGUGUACGGUUAUCAAAAUGUGUAGGUUUCCAAUCUUGUCACUAACUCCAUUCUCUUUGUGUUUUCGGAAACUCCCUACUGGUGAAAAGGAGUAUUGGAGAGGAAACAGUUGUCGAAGAUGCCGCCCAGCAAAGCAUCCCGGAGGUCAGCUGCUGCGAAGAAGAGGAUGGCAGACAGGGCUGUGGCUAAGACUGACGGGGUUACUUCUUCAUCCCCUGACAAAAAAGAUCUGACUGACUCUGUUCCUGCAAGCCACAGCCCACCUGUGGGCCAAGCAGCAGCUGACACUUCUUUACCUCUGACUGACGGGGUUACGUCUUCAUCCCCUGACAAAAAAGACCUGACUGACGGGGUUACGCUUUUUCCCCAUUAUGAAAAACGCUCUAACACUGACCCAAAAGCCAAUCUCUCAAGCAAUGUCACAAGCAAUGUCACAAGCAAUGUCACAAGCAAUGUCACAAGCAAUGUCACAAGCAAUGUCACAAGCAAUGUCUCAAGCAAUGUCUCAAGCAAUGUCUCAAGCAAUGUCUCAAGCAAUGUCUCAGUCAACCUCUCUGCAAAACUCUCUGCAGCUCUCUCUACCAAUCUCUCUGCCAGUCAAAAUUGUAUGUCUUCACAUGUUUGUGCUGUUUAUCCUCAGGCCCAGAGACUGACUGGUUCUUUUCAUCAAGCACACUCACGGUUUGGCAUUAACAGUAAUAAACAGUGUGUUGCUAACAGUGUAACUGCAGUUAUGACUAGUAGAAUAAAGAAUGUGCUGACAUGGACAACACAAGACCUGGAUGCAGUCCUGCUUGAUGGAGAUCAGUUCUACACUCACAUUAGAGAUGCUGGCAGGAUUCAUGAUGCUUCAGGAUACCUCUUUGUACAAGAUUUGCCUACAGAAUAUGCACUACAUGGUCAUAGGUUUGAACUGAAUUUCAGUGAUGAAAUGUUUACAGGACUGUUUGGUGUUACUGAAUAUGGAGAUAUGCAGAAUGUGUACAUGUCACAUGAUGAAGCCAUUGUAAGAGUGCUAUCUCAGUUUGAUGCUUGUCUGUUUACUGUGAAAGUCAAUACAUGUGCUAUCAUCAAACAGGACUCGUGGUACGUCAUUAUUGACUCGCAUGCGAGAAACACACACGGUGCAGUAGAUGGUUCAGGUAAAAGCUUACUAGCUUAUUAUGCUAACUUGGAGUCACUUCUCAACCACGUCACAAUCCUGGGUCUGUCAUUGCAAGCAGAAGGUGAGCCGUUUGAAGUAACUGGUGUUGUAGUGGUUUCAAAUUACAUGGGGCAGCAGACUUCUGAAGCACACACGCAGGUAACUGAGGGUGUAAAUGUGAGGAAUGAACUGAAAGAUGCUGCAGAUAAAAUGAACACUGUGAAAGACAGGGUAAGCAACAGGCUGCUCUAUAGUGAAGCUGUAAAAGCUAAACAUGUGUGCAAAAUUCAACGUCUGAAAGCAAAUAGUGAACCGCAGGUUACAGCAGAAAGGAAAGCUAAACAUGUGACAAGUUCAGCCAAUCAGGUUCUCACAAGUGACUCUGAUGUCAUGUUUAUGAGCGAGACUCCAAGCGAAAGCUUUCAGUAUGGUCCAAUAACAGUUCAGCAACAAAAAAACCUGUGUCUGAAACUCAAUGUUGUGUACAGUGAAUCCCCACAGAAACAACAGAGUGAACUGGUUUCAGUAGGAGAACCCUGUGAAACGCAGAGGAUAACAGGUGACGGGAACUGCUUCUUCCGAUGUCUGGCGUUUUCAAUCAGUGGGAGUGAAACGGAGCACUUAAAAAUCAGACGUGCUGUUGUGAGACACAUGGAAAAAAAUGAGGCUCAGUAUGUUAAUCAUCUCAGGCAAGGGUACAGCUCUCUUUCAGAUUAUAUCAGUAGCAGCAGAAUAAAAUAUACUGGAACAUGGGCCACAGAGGUUGAAAUUCAAGCUGCUGCAGAUCUACUUGAAGUAGAUAUUUUCACAUACACUAACAGUAAGUGGUUGAAGUACAGUACGCACUACGACUCAGGUGCUCGCAGCCAUCAACAGUCUGGAAUUUAUCUGAAACACUGCAAUCAGUCCCAUUAUGAAGUGGUAAUUUGCAUGAAAGUAAGAGAUGGUGUGUGUUCUGGACUGUGUUCAGCGUUCUGCAGGAACCUACAACCUGAAACUGCAUCAAGCCAUCGCAAACUUCAAAGUAUGAAAAGACAGUAUGAAACAAAUGAACAAAACAAAGAGGACAAAGUUAGAAAAAUUCUGACAAAGUACCAUGAAAAUGAGGAUUUUCGGAAUUGUGUUAAAAAAAGAGCAGUUGAGCAAUAUUCAUGCAGUGACCAAUACAGGCAAUACAAAAAAUCUGAAAGUGUCAAAAAAUAUUCUGAAAAUGAAGAUUACAGGAAUCACCUUAAAAAAACAAGUAAACGUAAAUAUGCCACAGAUCACGAAUACAGAGAAUAUAAAAAAGCUUCACGUAUAAUCAAAUACAAUACAGACGAGGAACGUAGGGAACAUGAAAAACGUUCCAGUGUGCUGAGAACAGAUGAGGAACACAGAGAGCAUGUAAAGCAGAUUUCCAUUUUAAAAUACAAAACAGACAGCUCAUUUGCUCAGGUUGUGAAAAACAAAAACAUAGAGAGAAGACACACAAAUAAAAACAAAAGAAAAGACAUUGAGUAUGUAAUUGAACAGUUCAAAAACAAAAUAAGCACAGGUCCAGAAUACGUGUGUGCGGUUUGUCACAGAGCUCUGUUCAAACACCAAGUCAUACGAUGUCGAAAACAUGAAUAUUUGAAAAAAGAUCCAGCAGUUGCAUGUAUAGCGGAAAGGUGUGUCACUGAGGAUUAUUUGCAUAUUUGCAAUGAGAGCUGUGAUGUACAUUGUGCCAUUAAAACUGGUCCAGCUGGUUCUCUUUGGGUUUGUUAUACUUGUCACAGAAAGAUUUGUAAUGCAAAAAUGCCAGAACAGAGUGUUGUGAAUAAUCUUUCAUUGGAUCCAGUCCCUCAUGAAUUGCAAACAUUAAAUUCAUUGGAAUGUCAUUUGAUUGCUAUGCAUAUACCAUUCAUGAAGAUUGUGCCACUGCCAAAAGGAUCACAGAGCUCUGUCGUAGGCCCAAUAACCUGUGUGCCAUCAAAUGUAGCUGAUGCAGCUGAGCUUUUACCAAGAUCAGAAAAUGCUGAUCUCAUGAUCCGUGUGAAAUUGAAAAGAAAGUUGACAUACAAGGGGCAUUAUAAGUAUGAAUUUGUCCACCCAGAGAAAAUUCAAAAUGCACUGAUGUACCUCAAAAACCAUAACAAAUUCUACAGUGAUGUUAAAUUCAACAAUGAUUGGAUUAAUCCACUGAGCAACACUGCAGAAGCAGAUGAGUGUGAUGACCAAAGUGAACAAGCUGGUAAUGAGGAACACACUGAGCAUACCAAUGAGGAUGAGAACAUUGAUGAAACUCUUCUUGACCGACAACAGCAUGGCAUGUUUAUGGAUACUUGUUUACAACCUGUUGAUGUAGCACAAGAGGUUCUGGAUCAGCAUUUUGAUGGAAUCAUGUCUGUAGCACCUGCAGAAGGAAAUAGUCCAGUCAGGCUAUUAACUGAUGAGUCAAACGAGGCCAAAUGCUUCCCAGUUCUGUUCCCUAAAGGCACAGGUACUUUUCAUGAGACAAGACCAGAAAGGCUGACAUUAUGUCAAUAUUUAAACUCAAGAAUACUCAAUGCAGAUGGAAGAUUUGCUAAAAACUUGGACUUUAUCUUUUAUGGCCAGUAUUUGUCAGACCUAAAUCAGGUUGUAUCAAAUGUAUCAAUCGCAUUGAGAAAAGGACAUUCCACACAGAAAUCAGAAGUUACUUCAGAAAUGUUGACAAACCAUGAAUCCUUACGACGCAUUUUACAUUUUGAUGAAGGCUAUAAAUUCUUAAAACCUAUCAGAGGUACUCCAGUGUUCUGGCAAAGCGUGCAGAAAGAUUUGUUUGCAAUGGUCAGACAACUAGGAAUUCCAACCUGGUUUGCUUCGUUUUCCUCUGCUGACCUCCGGUGGCCAGAACUCAUGCAAACAAUCCUGAAACAAGAAGGAAAACAUGUAUCAGCUGAUGAGCUUGAUUGGUCAGAGAGAUGUCACCUGCUGAAAAGUAACCCUGUGACUGCUGCUAGAAUGUUUGACCAUCGAUUUCACUGUUUCCUUAAAGAUGUCAUCAUGUCUGAAGCCAAACCAAUUGGAGAGAUCACUGAUUUUUUCAUGAGAGUUGAGUUCCAGAAUCGUGGUUCACCUCACACUCAUUGUCUUUUCUGGGUAAAAGAUGCUCCACAGAUAGACAGAGAUGAUGAUGUGCGUGUUUGUCAGUUUAUUAAUCAGUAUGUCACAUGUGAAUUGCCUUCAGAUGAGGACAGAGAAAUGCAUGACAUAGUGUCACAAGUUCAGAUGCACAGCAAGAGACACUCAAAAACAUGCAAAAAAAAGGGAACGACAUGCAGAUUUAACUUUCCACGUCCUCCAAGUAACAGAACAUUUAUUACACGAUGUAAGACUGAAGAACAUAAAAAUGAAAAUAAUGAUGAAAAUGAAAAAGCUAGCAAAUCCACAAAGACGAUGGAAGUAGAAUUAGCAAGUACAAUAUUAAAAGGAGUCAGAAAUGCUUUAUUAAAUACUGAGGCCACAUUUGACUCUGUUGACUCUUUAUUUGCUUCCCUUGAUAUAAAUCAAGAAAUCUUUGAAGCAGCAUAUCAAACAAUGACCAAGAAAACCAGUGUUGUGUUGAAGAGGAAACCAUGUGAUGUUUGGGUGAAUCAGUAUAACACACAUCUUCUGAAAGCAUGGAAUGCAAAUAUGGACAUACAGUUUGUAGUCGAUGCAUAUUCCUGUAUUGUUUAUAUCAUCUCAUACAUAUCAAAAGCAGAGAGAGAAAUGGGGCUGUUGUUGUCACAUGCACAAAAAGAAGCGUCAGAGCAAGGCAAUCUUGAUGCUAAACAAGCUAUGCGCAAACUUGGCAGUGUUUUCUUGCAUAAUCGUGAAGUUUCAGCUCAAGAAAGUGUGUAUCGUCUUACGAAUAUGAAAUUAAAACAGGCAUCUCGCAAAGUGCAAUUUGUUCCAACUGGUGACACAAUCAGAAUGAGUCUUCCACUAAAUGUCAUACAGAGGAAAGCUCAGUGCGGCGAUGAUGACGGUGACAAUAUUUGGAUGUAUAGCAUUUCUGACAGAUAUAAGAACAGACCUAAAAGCAAGGAAUUUGAAGAAAUGUGUUUGGCAAGGUUUGCAUCAGAAUAUAGAAUAUUGUCUAAAUCGGAACAUUCAUCCAGUGACAGCAUCAAACUUUUGAAAGGAUCAGGAUUUGCCAAGAAAAGGUCACGAACAGAAGCUGCUGUGAUUCGAUAUGCCCGUUUCUCACCAACAAAAAAUCCAGAGAAAUAUCAUGAAAGCAUUUUAGAGUUGUUUUUGCCUCACUACCUCAAAUCACAACUAAAACCAUCCACUUUCCAGACAUAUCAAGAGUUUUAUGAAACUGGGUCUGUGAAAUAUUCUGAUAAUGAACUUGUCUCAGUGAAAGUCACAGUAGACACAAAUAUGGCCAUGUUUGAAAAAGAGAGUGACUCCAUAGACAAAGCUCAGGAAGACCUAGAUGCACAUGGUCCAAUGGAAGAUGCAUGGGCACAACUUUGUCCAGAGACUGAGCGUGAACGUUUAGAAUGCAUUGAGCAGAAACAGAAGGAAACUCCAGAAAUAACUGAAAACAAUGACAUUAUACCUGACCUUUUUCCCAAGGAAAUCUAUUCAUUACAGGAUAAUUCUCAUAACAUGCCAAAGGAAGAAGCCAUGGCUCUACUACGUUCAAUGAAUGAGACACAGUCCCAGAUAUUUUAUAAAAUCCGACACUGGUGUUUACAAAAGGCACGUGGUGACACUCCAGAACCCUUUCAUGUGUUUAUAUCAGGCCCUGGAGGUGUAGGGAAAUCUAUGCUGAUUAAAGCAAUACAUUAUGAAGCACAUCGUAUCCUAUCUCGCUUAUCAAAUAAUCCUGAUGACACACGUGUGUUACUGACAGCUCCAACUGGUGUAAGUGCUUAUAACAUUAAUGCUGCAACAAUACAUACUUCUUUAGCUAUUGGUACAGAUGUAAAGCUACCAUAUCAACCACUGGGAGAUGAGAAAAUUAAUUCUCUGAGAACAAAGUUGGGAAACCUGGAUAUAUUAAUUAUUGAUGAAAUUUCAAUGGUUGAUCACAAACUCCUUGCAUAUGUUCAUGGCAGACUGAGGCAGAUCAAACAAACUGGAGAUUAUUCACCUUUUGGAAAGGUUUCUAUCAUCGCAGUUGGAGACUUUUAUCAGCUCAAUCCAGUUAAGGGUAAAGCUUUAUAUGCUGAUCAUGUGGGAAUGAAUCUGUGGCAAGACCAUUUUGCUUUGGCUGAGUUGAGUCAGAUAAUGAGACAGAAAGAUGUGGAAUUCGCACAGUUGCUCAAUCGAUUAAGGAAACGACAGAAGUCUCAUCCAUUGCUGGAAAAAGAUAUAAGUAUGCUGAAACAGUGUGAAACUGGUGAAGAACACAUGACUUCCAAUUUGCAUAUUUAUGCCACAAAUAAUGAAGUUGAUGACCACAAUAGAGAAAUGCUUCACAAGACAUGCAAAGAUACUAUAGUUAUUCGAGCACAAGAUUAUGAGAGAGACCCGAAAACUGGACACUUUCAAAAAGUAAAGGGCCACCACAGCAAUGUUUGCAAGACAUGUCUUUCACGAUCACUUCACAUUGCAGUUAAUGCAAGAGUCAUGCUCCUUAAAAACAUUGAUGUUUCAGAUGGACUUGUGAAUGGUGCUUUUGGUACAGUUAGUGAUAUACAUUUUAAUCCUGGAGAAGAUUUCCCAUCAAAAGUAUAUGUGACAUUUGACAAUGAAAGAGCUGGUAGAGGCUUACGAGCAAAACGGCCUUCCUUAAAACCAGGACUGGAAAAGGCUACACCAAUUGAACCAGAAGAAGAGAGAGUCACAAGAAGUGGUGGCAUACGACGACAGUUUCCCCUGAAAUUAUCUUGGGCUUGCACUAUUCACAAAGUACAAGGUCUAACUGUGGAUAAAGCUGUUGUGUCACUUAAAAAGAUAUUUGCACCUGGACAAGCAUAUGUGGCAUUAAGUCGUGUGACUUCUCUGGAAGGUCUCAUUAUAGAAGAUUUCAAGGAAACAGCUAUUUAUGCAAAACCUGAUAUAGAAAGUUUCAUGCAAACUAUGCCCGCAUUUGUGGAGCCACUUAGAGAAACACAUCUGUCAUCAUUAUCAUGUAAAGUACUUCUGCACAAUGUUCAAGGGUUGUCAUGUCACCUGGAAGACAUAAAACAAGACAAAAGGUAUAUGGAAGCUGAUAUUAUUUGCAUGACAGAAACAUGGAUACAGUCAAGUCAUACUGAAAAUGAUCUACAAAUAAGUGGAUUUUCAUUCUGCAACAGCCCAAGGUCUGUUUCAUAUGACAAAAGUGAGGAACUCUUUGCUAAGUUGCAAGAAAAAGAACAUGGUGGUGUUGGUGUGUAUUACAAAACACAGAUCAACUGUAGUUUUGUUGAUUUACCCUGUAUGAACAUAGAGUGCAUGCAGUUUACUAUUCCCCACCUGAACUCAACAGCUGCAAUUGUGUAUAGACCACCUUCAUACAGUUUAAAAGCAUUUGUUAACAAGCUGUCAAAUGUAAUCAGUGUCAUUGACACGUUUGCAGGAGGAAAAAUUAUUAUGGGUGACUUCAAUGAAAACCUUUUUGUGUCCAAUACAGUGAGUGAAAUGAUGCAGCAUAAUGGCUUCACUCAAAUUGUGAAAGAUGCAACCACUGAAAAUGGCACUUUAAUUGAUCAUAUCUAUAUUAAAGACAUUGCAAUUGAGAGUAUAUGUGUUUCUGUAAUGCCUACUUAUUUCAGCUAUCAUGAAUGUGUUGUCUUAAAUUUCUCGUAUUAAAGGUUAGGUAAUGACUAGUAUAUGGAGAGCAGUCCCAUAA